AUGUUUAUGGUUCUGCGUUGCUUUUUCACAUCCAUUAUGUUUAAUAUGGGUAUGGUCUACGCCGUCUUUCUUUCGCUGCGGGUGCCCAGUGGUGUAGUGGCAGAGAAGGAAUGCACCAAUGAACUGCAGGACAAGGCCAGUAUUUCACCCUAUGCACUGAAACUAUGGAUUAUGAUCACAUUUUUUGCGUCCUUCUCAUAUCUGGGCGCAGAUAACCUUCCUCUGUUUCUGGAGGCCCGUGUUAUUUCCAUAUGGAUUCUUCUUCUCUUGCCGCCCGUAUCGCAGAGUAAAGUGUAUGACAGUGCGUUUGAACCUGUUUUAGAAAAUACAUGGAAAUACAUCAUGGAGUUUGAGGGCAAACGGGCGUUUGCACGCAGCGCUGCAAUAUUAGCGUUACGUGGGUGCAUAUGGAUGGGAGUUUGCAUUGCGAGGGUCAUUAUGCGCUACUGGGAUAUGGAAGGGGAUGCCAUCCUUCACGUCCUGGAGAGUUUGCAACACGCUUCUCGAUGCCUGCAGGACACGGCGGUGAGACGACCAGAAACUCUUACUUUCUCCGAUUCUUCAUCCCUUGUUCUUCUGGGACCGACGUCGUUAUAA